CACGUGUGACAAAGAAGAAAGGUGUCUGUGUGGCUGCAAGACAGGAAGACGAGGAAACAAAUGUGACCAAAACUGUCCAAAGUGUGAAAUGUGUUCAGGAAAUAACUGUACAUGCCAAGAAGGAUUUCGGGGUGUGUUGUGUACAGAGACCUGUGUGAACUGUAAGAGUUGUAAUGGGGCCUACUGUACAUGUCAAGAAGGAUUUCGGGGUGCGUUGUGUACAGAGACCUGUGUGAACUGUAAGAGUUGUAUUGGGGCCUACUGUAUUUGCCAAGAAGGAUUUCGGGGGGUGUUGUGUACAGAGACCUGUGUGAACUGUCAGAGUUGUAAUGGAGACAGUUGUACAUGCAAGGCUGGAUUCCAUGGAGAUGGCUGUACCGCCCCCUGUCCCCUGCACUGCCUCUAUAACGUAUGUGGUCUGGAGGGAGAGUGUACACGGGGAUGUGAGUUAGGGUGGUAUGGACGUUUGUGUAAACAACAGUGCAAUAACUGUGUCAACGGAAGUUGCUCAUUGAACGGGAUAUGUACAUCCGGGUGCAGUAGCGGGUGGUCUGGUGACAAGUGUGACGAAGCCUGCAAUGUCAACUGUGAGGACGAACUGUGUUAUCGUAACGGAACCUGUGAAACAUGCAAACCCGGUUUCCAUGGAGACCAAUGCAACAUCCCAUGCAGCAGUCACUGUAGUAACCAGAGAUGUGACAGGAGUGGAGCUUGUGAAUCUUGCAGAGUUGGAAACUUUGGGGAAAUGUGUGAGCGACAUUGUGGUUCCAACUGUAUGAAUCAUGCCUGUGAACAAAUGUCAGGAAGGUGCAUCAAUGGCUGUACCACAGGCUGGUACGGAGAUACGUGUCAUCUAGAAUGUCCUGACCAAUGUGCCUCAGAGUCCUGCCACAAAGAGACUGGUUCCUGUAAGUCUUGUAUGCAGGGAUUCAAAGGCUCCCACUGCAACGCUUCUUGUCCACAGUUCUGUUCUAAAUGUGAACAGUAUAGUGAAGCAUGUCUCUCUUGUGAACAAAAACAUUUCGGCAAGAUGUGUGACAAACUUUGUUCAUCCGGAUGCAAUGGAGGCACAUGUCACCACCAAACUGGAAUAUGUUCACAAGGAUGUAUUGGAACUUCCUAUGGCCAUUACUGUAACAAUUCGUGCAGUGAUCACUGUGUCAAUAGAAACUGUCAUACAGUUAACACUGAUGUAGAUACGCCCCAAUGCACUGAGGGGUGUGAAGACGGAUGGUGGGGUGACUACUGUGACAACACGUGUCUACAGCACUGUGUGAGAUGUGACAGACAUCAUGGCCAAUGCCUGGAGUGUGAAGCCAACAGAUACGGCGAGUCCUGUAACUUGACCUGUAACACUGCCUGCCUGAAGUCGCAGUGUAACAUGACAGGAGUCUGUAUAAACGGGUGUGAGGACGGGCGGUACGGAAGCCAGUGUUCUGAAAGAUGCCCCACGAUGUGCAACACAUGUCUGUAUGAUGGUGCCUGCCUUACUUGUGCUGAUGGCUGGACGGGAGAACACUGUAAUGAACCCAGAAGAAAUCCAACGCAGUUGCUGUGGGUUGUGAUCCCAUGUCUACUAAUAGCCAGCCUCGUCAUAAUGGCCGCUGUCGUCUUGGGGAGAAGUAAUGUGAGACAUUCAAAGACAGUAAAAAGACUCGGAAGGCCACGCAGUUCCUCCUUAGUGUGCAUACUGAACCCAUCCUAUGAAGAAUCUCCAAGAGGUUCUACAACCCCUGUCGACUUAGAACCCCUGGACCCCGUCGAGGACGCAGUUAUGUCCCCUUGUGUUGACACCAGGACGAGAGCGGGACAGGGGUAUCCACACUCACAUUCUUUAGCUUCCGGUCACGUGACUGACACCGCAAUUCCUGACUGGGUUUGGUCAACGGAAGUGACAGUACAGAAUCUAGGACAAUAUGUUGGAAAGAUGAAGGACGAAGGCGGUUUUACUUCCCAGUUUUACAACCUGCCCAGUGGGAAGCUAGGUUCCUGUACCCAAGCCGGAUGGCCAGAAAAUGCCUUCAAGAACAGAUACAGAAACAUUCUACCGUAUGAUCACAGCAGAGUCAAACUAUCCCACGUGCCGAGUAUCCCUGGUUCUGACUUCAUCAACGCCAACUGGAUCAAUGGAUACGGGGAACCGCGAGCAUUUGUGGCUACCCAAGGCCCCUAUGCCGCUGUGAUGUGGGAUUUCUGGAGAAUGAUAUGGGAAACGGAUGCCAGUAAAGUGAUAAUGCUGACGAACUUUGUAGAGAACAGAAAGGCUAAGUGUGAGAAGUACUGGCCCGACUUCGGCUACCAAGGCUCCAACUAUGACGAUGUUCAUGUUCAGUGUUUGGCCGAGGAGGAGAUGACGGACUACACAGUCAGGACCUUCUCUAUACACAUGGAAGGGCAGUCAGCGAGGACCCUGACGCAGUUCCACUUCACCGCAUGGCCAGAUAAAGGGGUGCCACGAGGAGUUGGGUCACUUGUUGAGUUCUACAGACUUGUCAGGAACUCCCCAUCAACAAGCCACGGCCCAAUGGUCGUCCACUGCAGUGCUGGAGUGGGCCGCACGGGAACAUUUAUUGCUCUGGAUUAUUUGAUUGCACAAGCCAAGGCGGAAGGCGCGGUAGAUGUCUGUGAGUGCAUUGUCAAGCUCCGACACCAGCGUAUGGAUCUCAUACAGACAGAGGCCCAGUACACAUAUCUACACGAUGCCUUAAUUGAAGCCCUUCCUACGUGUGACAGAAUGAGAUCGACAAGAGGAUACCUGUGAAUACAAGGUCAUGAAGGGGGUUGAGUACAUAACACUAUAAUUACAAUGACGACAGGGAUGUCUUAUGGAUUUCAACUAUGAACAGUUCAAGUAAUAUAGAAGUGGAAAUGCAUGUCAGCUUAUGUGAUGUCACUUACAGAUAUUUCGUCUCCACUUUGUUUUUCCGAACAAAACAUAUACAUGUAAUUUGUUGAACACUUACAUUACAUUUAAGCUCCUGUACAGUUGUAUAUACUAUUUUUUAUCUUUACAUAGACCGUUUGAGCGACAAUCAGUCGACCCUAAAACAUACCCAGAGUGUCUGGGUAGAGAGUGUCUUGGUUUAUGAGAGAGUCAUCUUACCGAGGCAAGAGAGUUAACUGACUAUAAAAGUCCAGUUUCCACCCUUGCCGAACUAGGCUGGUAUUAUGGAGUUACAUUUUGGCUGGACUAACGAGUCUAUGCAUAGUCCAAUCAAAAUAGCG